GCUUGUCUAGUUUCUAAGUGUUUUCCUUGAUCUUAUUUUCCUCGUUGUUUCGAGGAAAGUACCAAACUCGCCUGCAGGAUGGUCUAUUUAAUUAAUCCGUCAGUAAUCCUCCAACAUAUACUCGUAUUUGCAAUCAAAUUCUAAUUGUCCUCCACAAUGUUUCUAGUUUUUUUAACGGGCGGUUAGGGAUUGAAUUGGAAUCGAUGGCGUCUUCUUCAUCAUCUCACCAGCAAAAUGAAGAAUUUAAUGCUUUCUCUGGCAAAAGAAGGAUGGUUUGUGAAUCUUCAAGAUUGUUUGAUGUGUUCAUCAACCACAGAGGCCCCGAUGUCAAACAAACUCUUGCGAUUCACCUUUACAAUUCUCUUGAGCAGUUGGGAAUACGGACGUUUCUUGAUUCUCAAGAGAAAGAGCUUGGAGAUUCGUUUCCUUCCACUAUUCAGACAGCUAUUAGCUCUGCUUCGAUACACAUAGCCAUCUUUUCCAAAGGAUAUGCAGACUCAGCUUGGUGUUUGGCUGAGCUGGUUCUCAUGUUAGAAAGCCAGGCCAAAAUUAUACCCCUGUUUUAUGGAGUGAAACCCUCUGAUCUCCGUUACAUAGAAACUGGAGCAUACGCUGAAGCGUUUGUUAAAUAUAAAGAGAAGAGUAGAUACCUGGAGAAGCUUAAUGAGUGGAAGGAAGCCCUUCAGUCUCUUUCACUUAUAGCCGGGGAAGAAUUUAACAGUUUCAGUGACUGGCACUGCCAAACAAUAGUAGCAGCUGUGCAAAAAGAAGUACAAAGGAAAACACCUUUACAAGUUGCUCAAUAUCCAGUGGCGCUUAAUAAUCUUGUGAAUGAUUUUGAAAGGCAUUGUCUUGAGGAACUUGUACAAGAUUUUGAAAGCCAGUGUUGGUUGAGAGAUAAGGCUAAGGCAGUUGGCAUCUUCGGCAUGGGUGGAGCAGGAAAGACAACUCUAGUCAAAGAGUUGUUUAACCGAAAGAGUUGGACUUACGAAAGAUCAAUUUUUUUGUUUGAUGUGCGAGAAGCAUCUGAGAGAAGAGAAUUACCUUCCUUGCAACGUAAGCUUCUCAAAGAUCUCUUCCACAAACGUGAUCUUAGUUUUACAAGUAUAGAAGAAGGAAAAAGCUAUCUCAAGGAUAGUCUAGAAAGGAGUCCUGCCCAUUUUAGCUUCCUGAUUGUUGUAGAUGACAUCAAUCAUGUGGAGCAAUUAAAUGCUCUACUGAUUAUGGAUAUCGUGAAUAAAUUGGGUAAUAGUCUGGUUCUUGUCACAACCCGUGACAUUGGGGUGCUUAUGAGUGCAGGGAUUACUAAUGGUUAUCGUUUAAGAGGAAUGGAUAGAAAUUAUGGUAGCGAACUCUUCUGUUGGCAUGCGUUUGACCAACCCAAUCCAUUUAGCAGGUACGAGGAGCUGGUUAAAUCCUUUGUUGAUGUGUGUGGAGGGUUACCCUUGUCUCUUCAAGUUUUGGGCAGGCACGUUCAUGGUAGAAGUAUGGAUUAUUGGAGGUCAGAAUUAGUUGAAGUUAGAAAGACGCUGCCUCAGGACGUAAAGCGAAGACUGAAAAUAAGUUUUGACGCAUUGAAUGCUGAAGAAAAACAGAUCUUCAUGGACAUUGCUUGUAUUUUUGGGGGCAGAAAGCAGAGUUUAGCCGAAAUAGUAUGGGAGGGAUUAGGAUGGAAUGCUCAACAUGCACUGAACACACUCAGAGAUAAGUGUCUUAUAGAAGAAAUCAAAUAUAAAGUUUACGGCGGCGAAUUUUACAAAGGGACCAGUGAAGAGAAUAACUUAUUGAGAAUGCAUGACCACCUGAGGGACUUGGGAAGAGAAAUGGCACUUGAGUUCAGUCCUCCUCAUCGCCUGUGGCGUCCUCAAGAUCUGACAUAUUUGGAAUCAAGGGAUUUCAGAAAUAUCCUCUCUCUAACCAAUGUCAGGUGUUUCCAUUCCAUUUUUGACAAGUCCAUGAAUUCUCAAGUUGUAUUCUUCUUAGGCGGAUCAGGCAUUUGUCUUGAGACGUCAGCUUCUUUACUAUGGCUCCAGCUUGAGGACAAUUCAAGCAUUCCUUCAUGGAUUCCUCUACAAUGUUUGCAGUCUUUGAAAAUCAAACGACUACGACUCAAAACAUCUUGGUGGAAUCACACACGGGCGCUCUCCCAGUUGAAAAAACUUCAUAUUGAUCAAUGCCCAGAACUCAAGGAGCUAACUUUUGGUCAUCUCAGCUGCUUGGAAAAAAUUAUAAUUAAAAACUGUAGUAAUUUGAAAGGUGUGUUAGAAAUAUCUAAUCUUGCAAAGCUUGUAACACUGAAAAUUUCUCGUUGUGAGAAGCUAGAUUUGGAGUGCUUUUGUCUCAGAGGUAUGAAGUGUCUACAGAGCAUAACAUUUGAUAGAAGUGUAAAGGUGAAAUAUUUUAUGUUGGAUAGUUGUCAGAUUUUGAAAACAGUAGAAUUUAAUUGUCAAGAGCUUGUAGAAUUAAGCAUUCGGGGCUGUCAGGAGCUUGAGGAGUUGACAGAGUUUAGAGGUCCUAGUUGCGUGGAGAGGAUUAUAAUUGAUGGAUGCCGGAAGCUCAAACGUCUUCAAGUGUAUGGUUGUCGAAGAUUGAGAAGUGUGUCAGGUAACUUACGGGUUAAAAAGUUGUGCAUUAGCGAUUGUCCUGAGCUUGAGGAGUGUCCAAGUCUUUCCUAUUGUCGGGAAAUUGAUUUUGACUCUUGUGAGAAGAUACAGAACCUUACAGUGCCAACAACACUUAUGAAUAUUUCUAUACGAAAUUGCAGAGAUUUGCAGAGUUUAGCAGGAAUUGGUCAUCUUAUAGGGCUCACAAAGUUGUACAUUAGUGAUUGUCCCGAGCUUGAGGAGUUGCUAAGUCUUUCCAAACUAAGAUGCUUGGAGCGAAUUGUGAUUUACUCUUGUGAGAAGGUGGAGAAAAUGGCAAGUACUGAAGAGUUGCAUGAAUUAAUAAACAUGCAACUUUUUUAUUGCAGCAACGCAGUAAUUCAGAAUUGCAUUCCCUGGUUGAAGACUGUGCAGUCAAAUUAUACCUUUGUGAUCGGAAAAGCAAUGGAUGGAGCGGAAUCAGCUUUAAAUGAGUACCUAUUUUGUGACGCUAAUAUUGGCGUUGAUGCAGUCACUAAAACUGUCACUGAAAUUGGUGCUGAAAACGGUUACAAGUCGGAAAAAUGGCGAGAAUUAAUUACAGUUAUUGUAUGCUGUCUGGUUGUGGUUGAUGGCUCUACUCCGCUAGAGGAUAUAAAUGAAUCACUUCCAGACGGCCCCUCUCUUUAUGCCAAGAGACUUGAAGUGCGUCAAGGAGAAUGGAUAAUUACAAUGGUGGCACGAUAUGGUUAUACGAGUCACUGUUAUCAUCAUUAUAUGAAAAUUGACGAAGUUUUAAGGAGGUUUGGAAUAAUGAAGAAGAGGUUUGUGAUAGAGGUGAAGAAAGAUGAAGAGUGGAAAGGUGUGCAAGUUUUAUGUACAAUUGUUAAUAAGUUAUAUCAUUUAUGAAGGGAGUUGUCU